AUGGUGCGGCGUAACCAAGUCCUGAGGAUGAGUACUAUCCUCUGUCUGGCUGAAAGCUGCAGGGGUACUUUUCUAAACGAUGAGAUCUUACUUAAAUCUCGCGUCGUCGGCGACGUAGAAUGGCAUCAAUGCCCAGAUAUCACAGAUCCACUUAUCGAGUGUGGUACAAUCGUCGUUCCACUUGAUUACUUUAACGCUAGUGCUGGAACCGCAACGAUCGCUCUAGGAAAGUAUAAAGCACUAACGAGCCCUAAAAAAGGCACCGUAUUUCUAGGCGCCGGGGGACCUGGUGAUCUCGGACAGCUCCUCGCAAUCGAUGCUGGAGAGUUCUUCAGUUCUAUGCGCGUCGGAACUGAUUACGAUAUUAUUGGAUUUGAUCACCGCGGGAUGGGUUCAACGACGCCCACAGUCACCUGUUUCAAGUCGCGUGAAGAAAAAGACGUAUUUUAUCGAAAUACAGUGUUCGAAUUAGGGUAUACCCAACCGCCCAAUGUUACAGAAGAUCCAUUUGCCAGGCUAGAUUUGGUCCUUCAGUACCGUCAAGCAACCUCUAUGUUUGAAACACAAGCAAAGCUUUGUGCUCUAAAUAUGCCCGAUGGAGGUGCCAGCCUGAAGUACAUGGGCACUCCAACUGUGGCCCGGGAUAUUGAUUACAUGAGUAAAAUGAUUACAGGUCCAGAUACACCCAUCAACUUUUACGGGGGAUCUUAUGGGACAAUUUUAGGGUCGUAUCUGGUCAAUAUGUUUCCUGAUCGCGUUGGCCGUGUCGUAAUCGACGGGGUUGCCGAUCCAAUUAGUUGGACUACAAAGCACUCCUACGAAUGGAUGGACGGCUGGCUCAACCAGACCGAAGCUGACUACGAUUGGUUUUUGCGCGCAUGCAUUCAAGCUGGACCGACUAAAUGCGCAUUGGCGACUGGGGAUAAUACUAUAGAAGGGCUCAAGGCUGAAAUCCAAGCAUUCUUAGAUCACUUAUACUAUCACCCCAUGGCUUCACCCAACAGCACAACACCUGCAUAUCUGACCUCUGGGGCCGCACGCGCAUCCCUCUUCCUUGGAAUCCUCCGACCACGAACAUGGUCACCUAUCGCUGAAAGUUUGAAAAAAGCAAUGAACGGAGACCCUACUGCGAUCAUGAAUGACCUGGUGCCGGACUCAAGCCGUCCAGUAGCAGAUAAAGGAGAUUUGUAUCGCUACGCUGUAACUUGCUUGGACGCACUUCCAUUCGAUGAUCCCUCCACCUGGCCAACAGCCGAGCAACUGGCCGACCAAGCUAUAAAUCGUAUACGGAAGGUCUCUCCUCAUUUCGGCAUCAGCGCUACACUUUCCGAACCUGAUGGUGGUUGCGAGUUUUGGCCCGCAAAAGGAGUAGAAAGAUUCACCGGCCCAUGGAAUCAUACUUUGGCCUACCCAAUUCUUGUUGCCUCAACCGCGGUCGAUCCCAGCAUAACCCCAUUAACAAGUGCGAAACUUGUCAAUAAACUUUUAGGAAACUCGUCUCGUUUAUUGGUUCAGAAUAACCCAGGACACGUCACUCUAUCUGGCGUGUCAACGUGCACCGCAAAAGUGUUCUUGGCCUAUUUUGGAAAUGGUACAUUGCCAGAAGACGGGACUGUAUGCGAAACCGACACACAACCAUUCGGACUGAGCUCCCCGAUUAACGUUACUAAAGAAGAUUUGGAGCUAUCGAAACGGAUGGAGGAGCUACACAACAAGAUAUCUCUGACCCGGCGUUGGUUUUGA